AUGAAUAAAUACACAUUAAUUUUUAGGGAUGAAAAUACUGAAAAAAAAUAUUAACAUUAGAAAAAAUAUGGACUAAAUAUAAUAAUUGGAGGAAUGGUUAUUAGUUUUAUCUUAAGGACCAUUAUGAAAGUAAUUAAUUUUGAAUGGGUGAAUACAGGAAUAAAUUUGGGAGUUGUGGCUAUGUUAAUUUUUUUGAGAAGUUAUUCAAAAUAUUACCUAUUAAAACGAUUAAGCCUAAUAAUUACAAAUUGUGGAUUAUCAAUUUUUACAUUUAUUUAUGAAGAACCUAGUAAUAAUAUGUAUUCUCAUUUAAGAGGUGCAAAUAGUGCUUUAAGUUCAUUAAUAAUUGUAUUAUCUGGUGAUUUUCCAGAAAGUGUAGUUUAAAUUAUAUUUAUAUAAGUAACAAAAGGAAUAUAUACAAUUUUAUAUAGCUCUUAAAAUGAAUAUGAAAUAUUAACAGGUAAUAUAUUAAUAAUGAUAAUAUUAAUAUAUUAUUUAUAUUUUCAUCAUAAAGCAAUAAGAUCAUAAUAUUUAUUAACUUUAGUAGAAUAAAAAUGGGAAAAUGUAUUAGAAAGUAUAAUAGAAAAUCAAUCAUAUUUUAUUAUUAAUUUUAUUUAAGAUACAUAUUAAUUUUAAAUAUAAUCUUAACAUAAUUGUGAAUAAUAUUUUUAUGAUAAAGAUUAUAAAACAUUUUUAAGAUAAUCUUAAAUUGAAAAAUCUAAUUUAGAACAUUAUUUCUUUUAAUAAAUAUAACUACAUUUAAAUAAUCAUAAUCCUAUUAAUUCAUCAAUUAUAUUUGUUAAAAAUUCAUUAUCUUUAUUUAAACUUAAAUAUUCUAUUUAUUUUACUACUUAACCUACUAUUUUAAUUAUAUUUGAAACUGUUUAAUAAUCAAAAAAUAGAAAUAUUAAUUUACUUUAUAAUAAAAUUAUAUUGUAUNAGAUAUUUUUACUUAAUUUUCUGAUUACAAUCAUUGUAUAUGAUGUUAUGCAAAAUCACAAAAGACUUUCCAUUUCUUGA